GCGGAGAACAGCUGGGCGGAAGGCUCAGGCGUCCACGUUCAGUACACUCGAUGGCCAGAAGCCCAAGUUUAAAAAAUGACGGUGAACAGAAUGUUGUUUCCAUAACGCAGCUUAACACGAGCAGCGCAGAGCUAAAGGGAGAGACGCCAUCAAGCACUCGGUCAGUCAGAAGAAACAUGCAUGGAGGACACCAGAGCUGCCCGGCAGGACCCCCGUUUCCCGCUGUGAACUUUGGCCAGCAUAUGGAUGGACCACAGGAGCGAGCUGACAAAUUUAAGGCCAGCUAAUCGGGGGUCAGACCACCCAUCUGAGACAGACGUGCAGGUGCAUCUCGCAGUCCUCGUCACUCCUCUGGCCGGAUGAGAGUGAAAGGCGCGAUUGUUUGGACACAAAGAGAAGAAAGAAAGCGGUCGGGACGAAGUCGUCAUCGGCGCGGAGGAGAGUCGUGAGGGAGCGCUGAGUGUCGGCAAAGAGAGAGCGACGAGUCGGGGCGACGCUAUAAAACGAACAGGGAUUUAGGGUGGGAAAAGCAAAUCUGAGGAUCGACGCCCCUUUUGGGUGGGGGGGGGGCUGUUGUUUUGAAGCCAAGCCAGCAUUCCGUUUCCAAAUGAAUGAGAAGGGGAGUCGCCAUCGUCUGAAGUGAAGCGCGGGCCGAUCGAGACUCACGACUCGGACUUUUGGUUCGCUUCCACUUCACUUCGGGCUCAUCGGGCUUCACGGCUCAGGGUUCAGGACUAGCUUUGGACCGACUGGACACGAGACACCCAGCGUGUAGAUGCGAAAUUAAACGACCAGAAGGAGCGGCCGUUAACGGAGUACCUGGCGAGCUCGGGUGGCAUUGGCGGCGUAGCAGAUUGGCAUCUGGCGUGUUCUCUUGGCCAUCGCGAAGUGCAGGGCUGCGUGUUCAAAGGUGACAACUCCGGGCAGCACGCGGACUUUCUGAGGCGUCCUGCAUGGAAGUUCGUUUCUGUGCGACAAGUCGGGGCUUUCCUUUUUUCUGAAGACACCCCGCAAGUCUCCAGUCCCGAACGCCUUCUGUUAACACAUUGGAUCGUCGUGCUUUUAUUCGGUUAUCCCGGCCGAAAAGGCAGCCCUAACCCCUAACGGUCUCUGGAGAACUGGAGAGCAGCGGCAGCUUAAAGAGAAAAGUGCGAAAUACGUGACGAUGACCAACCAGCGUCCCGUGAGAGCCUCAGACGCACUUCAGUCCGGGUUGAUUUAGUGAUGGCAAGAGGGCAGCUGCCAAUCGCUGGGCUUUUUUUAUGUCUUCCCUUCUGGUGGCGUCUUGAAGCUACGCCAGUGCCAACCCCACCUGACGAAAGCACCGAAGUGGUGGAGUGGCUCACCAGAUACGGCUACCUGCCGUCCCCCGACCCCGUCACUGGGCAGCUGCAGACAUGGGAAGCGGUGGUCCAAGCUAUCAAGACCAUGCAGAGGUUUGCUGGCCUGGAGGAGACGGGAGUGAUGGAUGAAAGAACCGUGGCUUUGAUGAAGACACCUCGCUGCUCACUGCCUGAUGUGCCAGAAACAGACGCCCACCCGAAAAGCGAAAGGAGGAGGAGAAGACGGUCCAGCGCAGGACAGGGGUGGACACGCAAGAACAUCUCGUGGAGGGUCCGGUCGUAUCCACCUCCUACGCUCCUGUCCCGCGAGACGGUCCGCGCUCUCCUCUUCUACGCUCUCAGAGUGUGGUCUGACCCGACACGGCUGGACUUCCAUGAAGUGGGUGACAUGGGAGAUGUGGAGCUUCAAGUGGACUUUGUCCGUGGGUCCCAUGGGGACGGCUUUCCCUUUGAUGGCCCUGGAGGAGCCGUGGCACACGCUUUCUUUCCGUCGGACCCCGAGAGGGCUGGCACAGUGCACUUUGACUUGGAUGAGAGUUGGUCCUUCAGGGCUCCAGAGUCCAGUGGAACAGACCUGUUUGCAGUGGCUGUACACGAGUUUGGCCAUGCCCUGGGCCUGUCUCACUCCUCGUCAAGGAGGUCCAUCAUGCGGCCCUACUACCAGGGGCCCGUCGGCGACCCGCUGCAGUACCAGUUGGCCGAGGAGGACAAGAAGGAGAUCCUGCAGCUCUAUGGUGAGAGGGAACACUUGGCCGGAGCAGAGCCAUCAGGGGCCACUCUUCAGCCAGCUCUACCUGACAGGCCUAAAGUUCUGCCGUCCCUCAGGGGCGACGCUCCCGAUCGUUGCACGUCUAACUUUGACGCCGUCUCGCAGAUCCGGGGGGAGACGUUCUUCUUCAAAGGAAGAUAUUUCUGGCGGCUGACUCACUCGGGACAUCUGACGUCUUUCCAGCCCGCCCAGAUCCAUCGCUUUUGGAGGGGGCUGCCCGUCGGGUUGGACUCGGUCGACGCCGUGUAUGAAAGAGCGACCGACCACAAGAUUGUCUUCUUUAAGGGAGCGCAGUACUGGCUAUUUCGGGAUAUCAGCCUAGAGGAGGGCUUUCCCCGUCCCCUUUCGGAUUUCGGGUUGCCGUCAGGAGCGGCGGUUGAGGGGGCCUUCUCCUCUCCACUGGACGGAAAGACGUACCUGCUGCAGGGAACAAAGGUGUGGCGCUUCGAUGAGGAAAAGGGGAAGCUGGACGCGGAAUAUCCCACCGAGGCAAACCACUGGAAGGAGCUGCCAUCUGGGGACAUUGACGAUCUCAUGAGUGACAAAGACGGCUCAACAUACGUCUUCAGGGGCCGCCAGUACUGGAAAUUCAGGGGCCACGAGCCCCACCCCGAGCCCGGCUACCCCCACGUGACGGCCGUCGACUGGCUCGACUGUCCCGACUCCUCCAGCUCGACGCCCCAGAGCUUCCUAAAGGACACGCCACGAAUCUACCAAGAGCACGGGCGCGAGCCGAACUUUGAUGGGUGCUCCUGCCAGGCACGCGGGGCUGGGAAUAAACUUACCCUCCGGCUGUUCUGGAACGUUCUCUUCAUUGCCCUUGGAUUUUGGGUGGCAUGCUUCUACUGAAGGCCUUUCGAGUAAAGAUACUGAAAACAAACUUUUAAAAGAAACUUGAGUCAAAGAGGAAGUGAUGCCCGCCUCUGUCUGAGGAUGGCACCCGCGUCAUCUGUGAAGGAAAGUGACAAGUGCUUAGCAUUCAGUAAAGGUGUACCUGUUCAUCAGAGUGACAUGAUGGCCCACCAAGAGUCCACAUUUCGAACCCCUGCUGAACGAGACCACUGCCCAGGUCAAGGAGUAAAAAGCCAUAAACGCAACUGGAAAUGAAAGGCAAUCCAAAAGAAGUGCGAUGACAAACAAGUUGCCCACAGCGAGUGCCCUAUGCCCUCUCACAAGAGGUGGCCAUAUGUGAAACCGGAAUGGCAAGAGGACCUCAACAAGAAACGAGCUUGACAUCAUGCCGAAAAAGCGAGGGGGGCGCCGAGCAGACAAGCGGGUGGGAUUGUUGUCUUCAGUGUGCUGUGUGCCACUCCAGUCAAUUUCAUCGGCCACCCACCCACUUUAGGACUGAGACGGGGUGCCAGUCCAUCGCUGGGCCUACGCUGACUCAUGCCAGGCCAGUUUAGAGGUGUCUGUACAUUUAGAGAUGCAGGAAGGAAGCCAGAGUGCCCAGGAAAAAAAACCCAAAGACAGACAAAGGGCUAACGUGCAGAUUCCACAUGGACAAGAUGGGUACUUCAUGCCAGGAGAAGGUCUGGUGAGGGGUCGCUUUUUAUAACCCCCAAGACUGCACAAACUUGCCUCUGCAGUGACAUCAAAUACGGCGCCCAUUGUGUUGUGACAGUGUGACGUCUCCCAAGGCAGAUGUCAGCCAGGCCACCAUGAGAGUCACCUACUGAGUGGACAGGCCGUCCAGAUGAAGUGAGGACCUUCAGUCCCACUGUGUCACCUCCCUCGUAAAGGCCCUCUGUCAAUAACAUGGGUGACUGCUUCCUCACGAGUCCCUUGAGUUCCUCCUCCUCGUCAUCGUCUUUGAUUCAAUGGCCACCUGUCCUUUGAUGAAGUGAAGUGUUUUAUCUCGGCUUCUAAAGAUGGCCUGGCUGCUUUUAAAAUGGGAUUCAAAAGGGAAAAAGAAAGAGCAGGAAGAGCAGGAGCGGAGCUACAAGACGGUAAACCCCCCAAACAUCGGGAACUAAAAUUCACUGCCAUCAGAACUUGUGCCACCCCAACAAAAAGGCGGGCACAUUGAAGGCUUAGAAGGGAGAGCCACACCCUUUCUGGAGACGCGCUGGUGAUGUCAUCAGGUGCGACCUCUCUGACCACACCCCCAGCGAGAGGUCAAUCAACAGAGUGAUUGUCACAUUUUAGAAACUCCAAAACUCGGUCAAAUCAUUUUAGAAUGUAGAUAAACAUUUAUUUCGAUAAACACAAUUAAAAGAGACGCGCAUAUCAUAAUACUAAUGUGAAUACAAAAGGCCGAAAACUUCCUAAACACGUCCGCGUUGAAGCCUCCUCGUGUAUUGGUUGGCACAUACGUUGUGCAAUGGCAUGUUCAUGCCAUGUUGGGAAUGGAACAGGACUGUGCCCUCCCUUCAGGUGACAGUGCCAAGCGUCUGGGUGACAAGCCUGUGGCCCAGCUCCUUUGUCUGUGGAGGCCUGGACUCUGUGAGUUUAAAGCCUUAUGUCUUUACGUUUCGACUGAUGCCCUGUAGAUGCCAUUUUAAACCAGUAGGUAGUGCCAUCCAAAAUGCUUCACUUCAGAAGACAACUCCCUGUUGCCAACGAACGAACACCACGACUGUGGAAAAGUAACUUGGACUUGAAAAAUACUGAACUCCUCAUUUAAGGCAGUGAGGGCCCCCCUCGGGCUGUCUUUGGGGGUGGCUGUGCGCUGCCAUCAGGAGGGGCUGAGCCUAACGGGGCCCUGGCACAACGUCCACAUGCCACAGCCCCCAGACACUCGUGUUGUGCAUCACCUUUAAACGGCCGAAGUCCACCGAGAGGACAGACCUGACAUCUAUGAGCAGGCAGAGGUCAGACAACGGGCCCAAAGUUCAAAGAUGUGUGUUUUUUGGGGGGUGGGCUUUGGGGUUGGGGGUCCAGCUCUCAUGGGCAGGGUACAAUGCCAUUCAAGUUCUCAUAUUCUGAAGCCCACUGAAUGGCUUCUCACUUCAUUCAUCUGCACACACAAGCAAUGAGGCACAAAGCGCUUGGCCCACUUGCACCCGUGUGCCCCUUCAUCAGGGCACCUCAUUAAAAUACUCAAGAAGGUGAAGGUCUGAGACGUCCACAUCUGCUUCUGUCCCCAAAGAUUUCAGAAAUGACCGCCAAGGGGCAGCGAGAGUGACAGCAAGACCAACGAAAUGCAGGCCAAUGAUGGUCAGCCAUGUAAUCCAGUGCAAGGGGCGCCAGGGCAGAAACCCAUCCUGGAGGGGACGCUGGCACACAUCAACUGCAGGAAAUGCCCCCUUGUCUGACUUUGUGCCAGCAUCUCCAAAGUCACACUAUGCCAACUUUUGCCCACCUGUGCUUUCAGAUUACUAACAGAACAGAAAAUUAAGAUAACAUGGGGUCAACUGUCCAGCCUGAGUGUCUCUCCUACUUCUGCCAUCCUGGGUGGGCCCCUGCCAUGCAGCUGCAGCUCUCGUCUUCAUCUCCUGUGCCGCAAUAAAUAAGAAGGUUCAACCAAGAUAUGAACUUGGAUCGCUGGAUUCAGGGUUCGGAGUGCUGACCAUCACACCGCGUGUUUCUGGGUGUCCACCCCGGCCGGGAUGAGGACGGGCAGCCGCUUGCUGCGAAGCUUUCAUGCAGUAAAACAUUCGACGACAUGUUCGACACAACUGCGAAUGAAAAGACAAAAAACGGAGAGCCAUUCCCUGAUCGGAAAUCAAACCCGGGCCGCGACGGUGAGAGCGCCGAAUCCUAACCACUAGACCACCAAUGAAGCCAUCAAUAAACUCCGCGUCUUAUCAUCUCCAAUAGCCACCCGCAUUUAUCGUCUGCUCCCUCCAUUGUGCCACCGGACGGUCCCCUUCAAAGUGACAGCUUCAGGUGGACUGAAGGAACUCAAAAAGAGAAAGAAAACAAAGGAAGAGCAACGAAAAACGACGGCGCCCCCUAGCGCCUCCAUAACGUCAGUGCGACGUCUGCGGCAAAUGUGGCACCAGAGAGAUGGCCGCAGAAUGCGCGUUAAAUAGAAAGAAAGAAAGAAAGAAAGAAAGAAAGAAAG